AAUGGAAUGGCUCGAAGCUCAGAAGAUAGAGAUAAGCGUUGACCUAUUUGCUGCAGCCAAACAACAGCUUCAGUUCCUCGCAGCUGUUGACCGCAACCGUUGUCUCUACGACGGCCCUGCACUUGAAAGAGCCAUCUACAGAUAAAAUGCUUAUUGGCUUCCUUUGCUUUCUAAGUACACUGAGUCCUCUUCCAUUUGUGGAGGACCAUUAGUUCCUCCUCUUGACUGUGAAUGGGUUUCGCAUUGCCACAGACUCAAUCCGGAACACAAUCUCCAGAGGUUCAAGUCAUUGAGGUUAUCUUGGAGAUUGUUGGUGUUAAGAACCUACCAGAUGCUUACAAAGGAAAGGUGUUCGUUGUGUUUAGUAAAACACAACCUGAUUCUCUGUUCAACGCUGAGCGUAAGCUUACUAUUCUAUCCGAGUCUUGUGGUGAAAAGCAAGUUGCUAUGUUUAGGUGUGAGCCUCCAGGAGAGCUUAGAUUCCAGCUAAUGUCUUCUAAGUCUAGAACCUUAGGGUUUGCGUCUUUAUCUCUCUCUGAGUUUCUGUUUCAGGUUACUACUACACUCUCUGUUGAGAAGUGGUUGGAGUUAGCAACAACGGCUAAAAGAGGAAAGGACCCCAUCUCUCUGCGAGUCGCUGUCUCGUUCACUCCACCAUCUCCAAGUCCGACUGUUCUACACAUGGUUCAAGCAAGACCUUCGCUGAAAGACUCUUGUUUCUUCCCUCUUGUCGGAAAGGCACGUCUUGCUAAGAUGUCUACACGUGUUGUUGAUGAAGCCGAGACAGAGGUGAUGAGCCUUCAGAUGAGAAACGCUAACGAUGCAGCACCGAAAGGUGAUGCAAGACAAGUGGUUGGUGUGAAAGGGAGUGGUGGAAGUUAUGUUCUGGCAGAGUAUGAUGGGAGUUAUUGGUCUUUGCUUGACUCUAAAUGGUCGCUUAAGCAGAAAAGUGAGAGAGAUGGUUCUUUGUUUGAGAUUAUGGGUGAGAGAAUGGUGAAAGUUUACUCUGGAAGGAAGCUGGAGUAUGAGCCAAAACAUUGUGUAAAGAUGAGAAGCGAGCAAGGUUUUUUCAUGACUGCUGUUGAGUUCUCAAGGGAGCAUCCUUAUGGCAAAGCUGUAGGGUUGCUAGACUUGAAAUCUGGUUCUUUUGAGGCUAAUGAGAAAUGGAUGGUUUUGCCUGGAAUAGUAUCUGCUUUCAUACUCGGUGAUCUUCUCAAGAAGGAAGGCUCUUUUGCAGCAGCGGCAAAAGAGACGGUGAAAGGUAAUGGAAUCAAAGAGGAGACUGAUCAAGUGAAGUUAGAAGAAGAAACAAUGAUGAAUGUGGACGUCAGUGCUCCAGCUGAGGUAGCGGCUGAGAAGAUCAAUGGUGGUGCUAAGUGCUAUUCUAAGGAGCUUAACGCUAGAAGUGGCUGCGGUGUAAAAAGUGUGAACUUGGUUGAAGAAGAAGGUGGUUGUGGCGGCUGUGGUAGUGGGUGCAGUGGAGGCGGUGGAAGAUGUGGUGGGAAUGGGAUGAAGAAGAGCAGCGGCUGCGGUGGUGGCUCCUGCGGAGGCGGUUCCUGUGGUAACUGCAGUGGAGGAUGUGGUAAUAUGAUCAAGAGUAAUGCUAAUGAAGAUGUUCCAGUACCAUCACCACCAGAAGCUCCAAACAACACCGUUACCGCUUGAUUACUCAAAUAAAGAAGAACCAUACUAAGUUACAUAUAUGUAAUAUUAAUAGAUUGGAUUAAAACCAUAUAAUAAAACUAAAAUGAGAGAUGUUUAACAUGUUUUGCAACAUUAUAAUAUAAUUACGGAAAUGUAAAGAAUUUCUACAUUUUUAGAAAGUUAACAAAAAAGGUUUUCCUUCUCUCUAGAAACCUUUCCUCUCCCUUCUCUCUAGAAACCUCCGCUUGAUCUUGCCGGCUUAUCGGCUCCGGUUGCUUCUUAGCGCCGGGGCCGAUCCGUUCUUUUCUUUUGUUUUCUUUUCCUUCUCUCUCGGUUGAUCUUUCUAGUUUGAAGUGAGUUGGAUACUUGUAUCCUUCAGAUUUGGUUCUAUCUAAGAACCUUGCAUGUGGCUUUGAUUGAAUUGCAUGUCGAUUUUGAGCUUUCUUUGGCUCAUACCAGGUCUCGAUCUUCAACCCUCUCAGUCUCUUGAGCUUGGUUGUUCCUGGUUUUGAGUUGUUUCACUCCUUGUCAUUAACUUCAAGAUCCGAUCGAGAUCUUCUCUUCCGUUUGGCUUCGAUGGGCGUUUCUAUUCUUUUGCACCAUCAUUUUCCGGUUGAUGACUUAUGAACAAGACGUGUUCUGUCUCCUGGAGUUUGAAGCUUUGGUCUAUCAAUUGCAUGUGCUAUUUACCAUAGGAGGAAUCGCAAACCAGAGGUUGAUCCAAGAAUGACUACCUCGCUUUGUCUUGUUCAAGAAGCUCUGUUAAUCAUCAUGUUUUAUUGUUCACUUUUGGUGAAUGUUUAUUUUGAUCUGUAUACUCACUUCUUCUAGUUUGAUUAGGUGUUGUUCUCGUGGUUUCCCUUGUUUGGGCUUUAAUUUCUGGAAAACCUUAGGUUUGUCCAGCUUUCUUUCCAGAGUCACUGAUGUGUGCUGCUGGCUUUGUAUCUCACCAAUGUAUCUCCUUGUUCUCCCUUAUGUUUGAAUGAAUGCAGUGUUUAAAAAAAAGAAA